AUGCUCUUCUGGUGGCCGGGUUGGGAGCCUCGAGAGCGCUCUCUAUCUAGCGAUAGUGAGUGCUCUACGGACAGCCACUCCAGUCUCGCCAGCGAUGCAUCUUUCUAUGACGCGUCGCCUGAUGACGAAACUGGAGUGGGACACGACGAAAUUCCCCCUCUCCCAGAUGACACGCAACUGGUCACUGGGGAAGAGACGGAGCAGUCUGAUUUAAGACUGUUCCCAGAAAGUUCGUCAUCCUUCUUUGCGGAACGGGUGGGACGAAACUGCCUGGGAACGGUCGCCGUCGGACAAGGGGUAGGGGUACACACUGGAACCUCCAAUAAUUCCCUUCCGGGGCUCCAAAGUGGGCCCCGAGUGUGUCUACGCGCGCCAUCGCCUCGCGGUGAUGACGCGGAGUUAGGCGCCGCAACUUCGGGCACGGGUUUGGAUCCCGUAUCGCCCAGUGCCUACCAAGUUUCCGCGCGCACAAAGGUCUCUGUCGCGCGCGAGGUCCCCCGGUCUCCGGCCCCGAUUUUGGGUGCCAUCAUUGACAGGGAAGAGGCCCGGCGACCCCCCGUUGGUACCUCCGCAGGUACCUUCUGUUAG